AUGAUAUCAAGUCGACAAGCAUUGACAACAACGUGCUCAUCAUUAAAAACAAAACCAAUUAAACAAAUAAAUAAUAUAAAUUCAACAAACAAACUACUCCUAAUAUCUACUCAAAGUAAUCUAUUAGGUCAAGUUGAUCUAGAUGAUAAAUAUGAAUUUCCAUCAAUACCGAAUAAGUUUAAUUUCAAUAUUCAAACAAUGAUCGAUUCAAAAUGGAAUGCAUUAACAUUAUUUCAUCAUCAUGCAGACAUACAAAUUGAUGAUGAUGAUAGUUAUUUUCUACUAAUCGUCAAUGUACAAUACGUCUUAUUAGUGCUAUUCAAUCAAAAAAAGUAUGAAAAUGAUUGUGAAAGUUUUGAACAGCAUGCCGAAGAACAUUCAUCAAGGAUCGAUACAGCAUCUUAUGUUGAUAAAGUAGGUUUUAAUGCAAGAACUUUUUGUGAAACACGAUCUAAAAUGAGCAUUGAAGUACAAUGGUAG